CCCGUGGAUUUGAUUUGUACAGGGCUGCCGUUUUACUGGCCUUACGCUGCAGAACCCAGAGAAAAUGAGUGAUGGAUUGGUUCAAUUGCAAUCCAGCUCUCACCAUAAAAAUCUGCUCAAUGCCAUGUGGAAGCUGAGGACCAUGGGAAGCCUGUGUGACAUCACGGUACAGGUGGAUUUUCAAGAAGAGCUGGAGGAGUUUGAAGCCCAUCGGGUGGUCCUCGCCGCAUCCAGUGGUUACUUCGAGUCCCAUCUGUUAGCUAAUGACCAAGUAAAAAGUUUAUUCUUGUGUGACAUCUUACCGCAUGCAUUUGAGAAAUUCUUAGAGUAUGCGUAUUUUGGAAAAAUCGAGGUGGAGAAAAGUUACAUCAGCACUGUACUGCAAAUGGCUAAACUCCUGAAGUGCCAGGACUUAGUGGAUGCUUGCGAGGCAGAAAUUCCCAGUGGCGUUUCAGAUGAAACCCUGCAGAAGGAUGGCGUGGAUUCAAAUACUCCAAAAACUGAAAUCAAAACCAAACGAGAACCUGUGAAAAGAGCGAUGAAGAGAAAAAAGUCUUUAAAAGUGCCUGAAAAUGUGAAGGAGACAGAACCAGACAGGAGAAGCAGGAGGUUAGCGGGUCGCAGAGUGUCUGUAGACCCUCCUCUGAAAAAGCCAAAGAGAAAGCAAGCAGAAACCCUUGAUGAAUCCAGCACAGCAGAAGACAAGCAAACGCCCCAAGAUCCAGAGGCAGAAUCAUCACGGGACGCAUUGGGUGAAAAAGACACUUGCGAUGACACUGGGUCAGAAUCCACUCAUGAUGUGCCUGAAGAAGACCCUCAAGAAUCAGACUUCCAGCCUAAUGAGGAAAUGGAUGAAGCCGAGAAGAAAAUCAAGAGAGGAACCGCAAAGUACAGAUGUGAGAAAUGCAGCCGUUCAUUCUACUAUGAGAAGAGCUAUCUGAAGCACUUGAAGGUCAACCACGGGGUCCAGAUGGACACCACGUUUCGCUGUGACGUCUGCCAGCAGACGUUCGCCAACCGCUGCAACCUGAAAAUCCACCAGCGGCACGUGCACAAUGAUGAGAGGCUCUUCCCAUGCGAGAUCUGCAACAAAACCUUCAAGCGCAAGAAGGACGUGACCCGCCACAGGCGACAGGUGCACGAGGGCGGCACGGACAGACACUACUGCCACAUCUGCGGCAAAUCUCUGAGCUCCAAAACUGCCCUGACGCUGCAUGAGAGGACACACUCGGGGCACAAACCCUUCAAAUGCGAUGAGUGCGGAUCCAGAUUCUCCCAGAGUUCAGCACUCAAGACACAUCAAAGGAUCCACACUGGAGAGAAACCUUUCGCCUGUGACCUCUGUGAUGCCAGAUUUACCCAGAACCACAUGCUGUCUUACCACAGGAGAUGUCACACAGGUGAAAAGCCAUUCAUGUGUGAGAACUGUGGGAAGAGCUUUGCAUCCAAAGAAUACCUGAAACAUCACAACAGAAUCCAUUCAGGAUUCAGACCCUACAAAUGUGAAACCUGUGGAAGAGCAUUUGCUCAGAGGAACUCCCUCCACCAGCAUAUGAAAAUACACACAGGUGAAAGGCCGUAUCAUUGUAAGGACUGUGAUAAGCAGUUCACUCAACUCAACGCCCUGCAGAGACAUCAGAGAAUCCAUACGGGAGAGAAGCCGUACAUGUGCAGCAUGUGUGGAAGAACGUUUACAGACAAAUCCACCGUACGCCGGCACACCCUGACCCAUGACAAACAAACUCCAUGGAAGAACUACCUGGUUGUUCUGGAGGGAAAUGUUGAAGACAGAGCCAAGAAGCCAAAAGGCUCUUCUCAGAAGAAGGACAAGGCGGUGGCUGCUGUUUCCGAAGCGCAGGCUCCUGAGAGCGACGCACAGAAGACCCAAGAAGUGGUGGCUGUGUCCGGAGAGCCCGUAACCAUUUCCGGAGACUGGGCCGGACCUGGAACCAUCGCGCUGGUCAGCCACACGGCCCUGGGCGGCCUCACGGUCAUCCAGACUGAAGUGCCCGCAGGCACGCAACUGCAGCCCUUAGUCACCACAGACGGCACCAGCGUGAUCUCUCUGGAUGCUUCUGCGGUCGGGAUGCCCGUGACCGUUCCCUUUUCCAUCCCCAUUUCAGUUGCACAUUCCAUCAGCGUGUCUCCAUCGAUAUCCGGUUCUGUGCCCAUCACCAUCGCCAGUCACAUUUCAGACACCUUACUGGCUCCGGCAAUGACUGCGGCGACAUCAGAAGCUGAAGCAACAGAGAACGGUCUGACUACGGCUGCAGUCGAUGAGUGUGUAUCGGUCCAAGCUGUUACAGUGGUAGAGACGGACUGUGCAGACACCCAACAGGAAGUCAGUGAAAGCAUACACACUGCAGAGGCUUCAAACAACAUCGAAAUCUCAGUAGGAGAGUAGAUUCUACCUGAUUCAGUUGAAAAUACUCAAUCAUGUCACAAUCAAGCAUUGCUUUAAAUUAUCAGCUGUAAAUAAUCUUUUGCUUUAUGAAACCCAUCUAUAAUGUGCUUAACUAGUAGAAUUCUUAAAUCACAAUGUUAAAUUUUGCUUGGGUUUGUUUUUGACAUCAUAUAUGAUUUUCCCUUCCGUUUCUAGGGUAUGUCUUGUCAUUAAAUAGUUUUUUAGUGAUUCUUGUAAAACCAAAAAACUGCUUUUUUUUUGUCAGUAAUGCUCUUUGCUCAUAUUUAUUAUGCUCAACACUACAAGUACAUAACACAAUUCUUCAUUUUUAGUAUCCCAUUAUGUGUAUAACCAUGA